AUGUUGAGCCACAUGGAAUACAGCUCCUGCCCAAGGGAUUGCCCCACGAUGGACAGCCUGGAGAGGCAGCUCAUCUGCCCCAUCUGCUUGGAGAUGUUCACCAAGCCCGUGGUCAUCCUGCCAUGCCAGCACAACCUGUGCCGGAAAUGCGCCAACGACAUCUUUCAGUCUCGAGGGACAACCCUGGGGACUGCUGGGAGGUUUCGGUGCCCAUCCUGCCGCCACGAAGUGGUCCUGGACAGGCACGGCAUCUACGGGCUGCAACGGAAUCUCCUGGUUGAGAACAUCAUAGACAUCUACAAACAGGCGUCCGCAAGGGGACCCGACAGGCCUCUGUUAAAAACGGAGUACCCAACCUGCGAAGAACACGAGGAUGAAAAAAUCAACAUCUAUUGCGUGACGUGUGGGGUGCCCACCUGUUCCCUCUGCAAGGUUUUCGGGGAGCACAAGGACUGUGAAGUGGCCCCCCUUUCGGACAUCUACAUGAAACAGAAGGCGGAGCUGACGGACGGGAUCGGGGCUCUCGUGGCCGCCAACGACCGCAUCCAAGCUUAUACCAGCACUUUACAAGGCACAUGCAAAAACAUUGAGGACAAUUGCAAAGCUCAGAAACAGGCCCUGUGCGAGAAGUUUGACCGGAUGUGCGUCAUUUUGGAAGAGAGGCGGAAGAUCAUGCUGCAGAGGAUCACUUACGAGCAGGAGGAGAAAACCCAGCAUCUGAAGUCCCUCACCAAAGCCUGCAGUGACCACAUUGAUUCUUCCUCCAAGCUGGUGGACACCUCUCUGCAGUCGAUGGAGGAGCCCCACAUGGCUCUUUUUGUGCAGAACGCUAAAGUCCUCAUCCGCAAGAUUUCAGAAAUGACCCAGAGCUGCAAGCUCGACUCCCUGGAAUCGGGUUAUGAUGACAUGGAGCACUACACGGUGGAUUUCAACGCGGAGGAACGAGUCCUGUACCAGCUGGAUUUCAUCAAAGUUGAAGAAGAGCCUGAACCAAUGACUGAGGAAGAUGGGGCUUGUGGGGAGACUGAAGACCCAUCGGCAGACUCUGGGGCAGGGGCUGGUGAGGGAAGAGAGGACCCAGAAGGCUUCUUUGCCUUUGGGAAGGAGGACCAGCCUUCAGGAGGAUCUCUUAUGCCAAACGAGGGUUUGAGCGGCGCUGCCAGUGGGGCAGAAGGAAAGACGGUGCUCCUGUCAGCUCCAGAAGGCCAGGUUGGCACAGAAGGCUCCACGUGGUUCUCUCAGCAGAAAGAGCUGGACGGAGCGCUCCAUUUCACAGACUCUGAUUCACCAACGUCUCUGGCAGAGGGAGGCUUGCAGAAGAACAUGCUGGUUGACGUGGGAGAGCCCGAAGAGGAGGGUGCCGCGGCUGAAGGGUCAGGCACCACGGACAGCUCAGGAGAGAAUGGGGAUGGCGGCAUCUUGGAUUGCGGUGGGGAAGGUGGAGCUGGAAAUCCAUUUCUUCUGAACGGAGCGGCAUCUGCUAUCGGCCAGGGUCCGGCUCCUGAUCCUGCUGCUGACGGGGGGAGGACCGAAGAGAUCAUCGAGCCCCUUCUCAGCAGCUGGUUCAAUCCCACCCUUUGGCUGCAUGAUUAA